AGGGUUAGGGCUGGGAGGCUGGGAGGAAACCAGCCUCCUGAUGAGUGGAGAAUGGCAGAGCACCUUCGGAUCUGCGACUCAAGCCAUAAUUUAGAGUGGCGUGGCCAUGGGCUAGCUCCAGAGGUUUCACUGUCGUCUCUGGUGGGCCCCCUACCUCUGCUAGCAGCGGCCGCUUUAAGAGGGCGGGCGGAGUCCAUCAGGCCCCACCCCUGGGGCCGCGCGGGCGCAUUGGCUGCACCAGGCGCGGGCGCUCGGUGGCACUUUGAACCGAGUGUCAGGCGGCUGGAACCGGAGUUGUGGUGCUGACUGGGGUCGGGCCAGGUCGCUUGUGCUCUGGCCAUGGCCGAAGCACGCUCAUCUCGCUGGUACUUUGGGGGACUGGCUUCCUGCGGGGCCGCCUGCUGCACGCACCCGCUAGACCUGCUCAAGGUUCACCUACAGACACAGCAGGAGGUGAAGCUACGCAUGACGGGAAUGGCACUGCAGGUGGUUCGGACUGACGGCAUCCUGGCACUCUACAAUGGCCUGAGCGCCUCACUGUGUAGGCAGAUGACCUACUCCCUGACUCGGUUUGCUAUCUACGAGACCAUGCGGGACUACAUGACCAAGGACCACCAGGGGCCUCUCCCCUUCUACAACAAGGUGUUGCUGGGCGGCAUCAGUGGUUUAACUGGAGGCUUCGUGGGGACCCCAGCAGAUUUGGUCAAUGUCAGGAUGCAGAAUGACAUGAAGCUGCCUCUGAGCCAGCGACGAAACUACUCUCAUGCCCUGGAUGGUCUGUACCGUGUGGCCCGCGAAGAAGGCCUGAAGAAGCUCUUCUCGGGAGCAACCAUGGCAUCCAGCCGCGGGGCCCUCGUCACUGUAGGCCAGCUGUCCUGCUAUGACCAGGCCAAGCAGCUGGUCCUCAGCACUGGGUACCUGUCUGACAACAUUUUCACUCACUUUGUCUCCAGUUUUAUUGCAGGCGGAUGUGCCACAUUUCUGUGCCAGCCCCUGGAUGUGCUGAAGACCCGCUUGAUGAACUCUAAGGGUGAAUAUCAGGGUGUUUUCCACUGUGCAGUGGAGACCGCAAAGCUUGGACCACAGGCCUUUUUCAAGGGCCUCUUUCCUGCGGGCAUCCGUCUCGUCCCCCACACUGUGCUCACCUUCAUGUUCCUAGAGCAGCUCCGGAAGCACUUUGGCAUCAAAGUGCCAACCUGACAUCACCAUGGACACCUGGGCCAAGCUCAGUCACUGUGCUGAGCUCCGUGGAAGAGUGGAGGGGAGUGGACUCCCCUUCUUGGCCUGGGUCCAUGUUCUACCCCAGCAGGCCUCUGUUCCUCCCACCCUCGGGCUGGCUAGGCCUUCUGACCCUGCCUAGGCCCAUGCUUACUUCAUUGGCCUUUGUCCCUUCCUUAGGCCCACUGGAGUGGAACCUCUGCCCUGCUUGCUCCCAGGCUCUCCCCACUGGGCUUUUGCCCUGCAUUCCCACCCCAUGAUUCACUCAGGAGAAGAGGUCUGGUCCAGGCUGGUAUAGCUGUUCCCACCUCCCUGGCUGCUGUGCUUCCCUGAUCUGCCUGGUAAGCAGGAGGAAGCUGACCACUUCCCGCUCCCAGCCGGCCCUCUCUACACAGCAGCUUCUACCCAAAACCUCAGUAGUAUGGUAGGGUACAGAACAUGGCAGCUUCUGCUUACCAAUGAUUAGAGCGUGCACUUUUGUCAUGAGAGGGACCAUCAUGUCAUGUUCUUGAAGGUAGUGCCUUCAGGAGAGGGAGCAGGCAGCACGAACCGCCAGCAAAUGCCAUGACAGUGGAGUCCAGAGAAAGUGCCUGGGGUUCCCAUGCACACCUCCUGCAUUCAGCCUCGGCUGCUUUUGGUCAGUUUCGCUGACUCCUCCUGGGUCAGGAACGGGCUAUGUCCCUCCCUUGCCCGGCUCCCCUGCGGGUAGGGAGGCAUGCUGGCAGAGCUGGAACCAUGAUGGCUUGUAUGUGCCCUACAGGGACUUGUCUUUCUAGUAUACGGCAGUGGUCACCCCUCACCAUCCCCCAGGCUUCAAAGCAGCCUGUUUUCCCCCAGAUGGGGUUGGGUGUAUCAACAUGAGUUUGGGCUCUAUACCCAUUUCCCCCUCACAGUCCCCUCAGCAUGGGGUCCUCACCCAAGAGGUGGCAGUGGGCCCAUGGGCACUGUCUGCACCCCUCUUCAGGAUCUAAUAAACCAAGUGGCCUAAGA